AUGCAUCCGCAGCAUCCGCAUCCGCGGAAUGAGGGGACGGUGGCGAUGAUAGAGGAGCGCCAGGGCGGUGUCCAUGAAGAAGACACCACCGCGGGUGAAGUGCUAGCACCGCUGGAGUACAGCAACGUCCAAUGCGAGCCGGAGCAGCGACUUAGGCCUGACAUGCGUCCACCCACGCGCGGACGAGGCUACGAGGAGCGCCCCGGUACUGAACUGGGCGCCGGGCUCUUCCGCGCGGGCGCGGGCGCGGGCGCUGCGCCGGCCAGGCGGAAAGUGGUUCAUGUGGAUCACCACCACGUGCAUCAUCACCAUCACUUCCACGGCGCGCAGAACGUCGACGGCCUGCCCAGCGACGCCAGCGAGCUGCGCCGGCACGAGCUGUCGGCGGAGCACCAGGCGGAGCAGCGCCUGGAGCCGCGGUCCGUGGCGCCGAACACCGCGCGGCCCAGCCGCGGGCACCGGCAAGCUGCGGCGCGGAGGGCUGCACGAUCGCGACAGGUGGACUUCGAAAGUUCCUUGACCUCGGAACUGGGUCGCUUGCAGACCAGCACCUUCAGCACCUUCGGAGGAGCUCCGGUGGAUCUCGCCUCCAAGGCCUCCUGUUUCAUGGCCACCUCCGUGUUGGAACGGGAGAGGAAGACACCUCCUGAACUUCAACUUCAAGAAUAUUUUGAGUUGAUGAGCUCGUUGCCCAUGGAGACCCGCCUCAAGCUCUCGCCCUAUUCGGUUCAGCUGAGCAAAACAAAGUAG